UAGUGAAAGUUAAGGUUGUAGGCCUUUGUAGUUUAGAGGGUACAAAACUAACGACACUCCAUCCACUUCGAGAUAAAUUAACCAGGAGAAGCCUGUAUUUGGGGCAAUGCUAUGCUUUACGAGACUUUUCUUGAACUUCAUGAUCGAGCACUGUCUCUUUAAGAGAAGUAAACUUUCUCAAAUCUCCAGAAGAGGGAAGUGAGAAGACGAGACUUUCGUUUCCCCUUUUCUUAGAUUUAAUUUGGACUAUCGCUGCGCUUCAGUCAUACAAUCGGGGAUAUACGUCGAGAGAUACCAGUCGAAAAAAGUACGUCUCUGCACUUAACCAGUCCAUAACCUGGACAGUUGGCAAACUGCGUUUGGAAAUUGCGGCCAUUGUGCAAUCGCUGCCGAGGCGAUUUUUUUUGGCUGCGACCACAAGAUGGCAGCAGCGGCCGUGGAGGGUAACGUGUACAGAGAGGCGGAGGUGCAAGCAGCUCCCCUUGCCGAGGAGAGAAAUGUAUUACAUGCUCGGGGAGCCGAGGGCAACAUUCAGGGGGAGGUGGAGGAGUUCCUUGGGCCUCAGUCAGACUACGAUGAGGAGGAGGAGGAGAGGAAGUACUACAGGAGGAAGAGGCUGGGUGUGGUAAAGAACGUGCUGGGGGCCAGCUGUGGAGUCAUGAUUUUAUACAGCGUUUACAUGGGUCUGUUACAGAUGCAGCUGAUCCUACACUAUGAUGAAACGUACAGAGAGGUGAAGUAUGGUAGCCUGGGGCUGGAGGACAUUGACAAGAAAGUGUUGAUGGGCAUUAACUUUACCCCAGUCAUUGGCCUGCUCUACACCCCAGUGCUCAUCCGUUUCCUGGGGACAAAAUGGAUGAUGUUUUUGGCAUCUGGGAUCUAUGCGCUGUUUGUCUCGACCAAUUACUGGGAGCGAUACUACACCCUGGUACCUUCGGCGGUGGCUGUAGGAGUGGUCAUCGUCCCGCUGUGGGCGUCUUUGGGGAACUACAUCACGAGGAUGGCUCAGUUGUAUUAUGAGUUUGUGAACUAUAAGGAGGAGCAUGUACAGGAGCAGAAGAAAGUACCAAAGGGAGCCUAUCACCGAUACAUCAUCAUCUUCCAAUCAGUCUUCUACAUUUUCUUCCAUCUCAGUUUCGUUUUUGCGGAGUUCCCCAUGAUCUUCUUUCUCAAUGGAUUUCUGCAUGACGUGCCACACUCAACUAGCAACGCGAAAACCUGUGGAGCGGACACUAAGGGUUUGACCACUGGUUUUAAUAAAACGGUACUGGAGCGCCUCCCUCGCUCCCUGCUCCUCAUCGAGGUGGAGAGCGUUCUGAUGGGAGCAGCCUUCCUCGCCAUGAUCAUAUUCCUAGCGCUGUGCGGGGCAGCGUACCGGCCGACUGAGGAGAUCGACCUGCGCAGUAUCGGCUGGGGGAACAUCUUCCAGCUGCCUUUCAAACACCUGCGCGACUAUCGCCUCCGCCUGCUCUGUCCCUUCUUCAUCUACUCCGGCCUGGAGAUGCUGUUCGUCGUCACCGGCUUCAUCCUGUCUUAUGGAGUUUGUACUGUGGGCAUAAAGAAGCUAUGGCUUUUGAUCAUGAUCUACGGUCUGUCCUCCUCCAUGUGUUCGGCGGGGUCUUUCUCACUGCUGCGCCUGCCCAGGCCGGUGGCUCUGCUGGGGGGAGCCGCUGUGCACCUCUGCCUGCUGCUGGCCCUCAUGUGCUGGUCCCCUCAGCCACAAAAUCAAAAUCAAGAGCUGCCCCAGUUACUGGUUGUGGCGGCUUUAUGGGGUCUGGGGACAGCACUUAUCAAAACUGGACUCAGCACUCUGUUGGGGAUGCUAUAUGAGGACAAGGAGAGGUUGGAUUUUGUCUAUACCAUCUUCCACUGGUGGCAAGCAAUUGCAAUCUUCAUUGUCUACCUGUGGUCCGGCCUGCCCAUGAGGGCCAAACUAGGGAUCCUAUUGGUCACUCUGUUGGUGGCAGCCUUUUGCUAUUGGCAGAUGGAGCAGCGUUUGGCCAAGAAGGUGCCCUACAGACUGCCAAGGAUUCCCCGCCCACGACACAAGGUGAAAGGUUACCGUUACUUGGAAGAGGAGAACUCCGACGAGUCGGGAUCGGAGCCCAGCGACGAGGAUGACGAACAGGAAGACGAGGAAGAGGUGCUGAGCGACCAUGACGGGGGAGACGCUGGUUCCCAGGGUUCCCAGUCACCCCUGGCUGGGGGGGGCAGAGCCAGAAACCGUCGGAAACAAAGACAGGACGCUGCUUAUGAACAGACGGGAGAUAUGGAGGACUAUGUCAAUGGCUUAUGAGAGAGAGAGACAGAGACAGAGAGAGAGAGAGAGAGAGAGAGAGAG